AUGCCUCCGAGAAAAACUCACAAGUCUCAAACUCCACAGAAACAACACAACAAGGAACAUCAACAACAUUUGGAUGACCCUCAUGACAAGGAAGUCGUGGAGCCAGUACUUCAAACAACUGCUGCUCCGACUAGUAUGAAUGAACAGACAACAGAAGCAACAAUAUCCGUAGAUCAAAAUAAUUUAAAACAAACACAUGAUGAUUCAGGUGUAAAUAACAAUGAUCAUCAUCAACACAGAACGGAAACAACAGCUGAUAAUCAACAUCCGCAAGAAGAAAAUACUGUAAAUAGUAGCAAUCAUGAAAAUAAUUUAAUACAUCAAGAUGAACACCAGGAAAGUCCAACACAACAUUUAGGAUACUCUGAAAAUUAUAAUACUCUUUUAGAGGAGUCUUCUUUGAAAGAAAAUAUUCCGAAUGAUGACUCUGAAUCAUCUGCAACAUGUCCAAAUCCUUCAUCAACGGACCAUCCCAACAUCAAUGAAAAAUUCCAAUCAAACAUGCCUGAAUAUGAGGAGCUUGAUAUUCAAGAAGAGGAUCCUUCUUCGAAAAGAAAAAUAUCCAUUACUAUUAAUAAUACAAGCAGUAGCAUGAAUAAUAAUUCGGAAGAACAUGACAACCAUAGCACAGUGGUGACUUUACAACAAGUGGAUUUGACUUCUCAAAAUGACGAUCGCACAGAUUCAGCUACAAUAACCACCAUAGAAAUUAAGGAGCCUCCCGAACAAGAAUCCUUUUUAAAAUCUCUUUGGACCUCCAAACAAAAAUGGCAACAUUUUGUCGAAAAGAUUAUUAUUAACUACAAGUCAAGAAUUGAAUUUUUAAAAGCUCUCGGAAAUUUAAUGUAUCUCGGUAGUAGAUCAAGGACGGAUGUGGAUCUCACUGGACCUGCCUCAGAAGAAUCUGAAACUGAAAAUCACUUGUUGGACAUUUUAGAAACAGAAAAAAUUUCCACAGUCAUCACAACGAUUGGUUGGUAUCAAGAUUAUGUGGCAGACAAGCACAAAUUACAACACAAGAAUAUUCAAAUGGAUGAACGAUUCACCUACUAUCACAAAGUUGGACAGUUUUUAAGACUCAUUGAAUGUUUCAUAUUACUUGUUGAAAUUAUUUUCAAAACUGAAUACAAAUCGAAAAAAACUGGAAGGAGGAAUUAUUGGAAUGUCAUUAUUCUAACAGAAAUUAUAAGAGCUGUUCUCAAACUAGUCGCCGUUUUCAAAUCUAAAACCAAUGUACCCAUGUUCCUAAAUUAUACCGUUCUUCCACCAGAUGAAGAAGUUGUGAAUAUGCCUAUGGCCCAAUUAUUACCCGUUGCUCCAAAAUAUAAUCCCUUUGAAAAAGAAAAGCAAGCUCUCGAAGAGUACAGAGAAAAACAAAAAACUCAAGCCAAGCCCAAAAUUGGAACACGAAGUGGACGAAAAAUACCAUCUUCUGAUGAAAUGUUUGCUGUCUUGAGUCGUGGUAAAUCGGCAGUACCAACCACAACAGAAUUGGAAAAGCAGUUAGGUCAUGCUUCUCAACAGGUGUAUAUAUUGUUGGCUGGACAUGACAAGGAUAUGAAUGGAACGAGAGGGAAAAUAUUAUUAUAUCUAUCAGAAGUGAUCUAUGCUUUUAAACCAGCGGUGUACAGUUUUCUACUUGCCAAGUAUGGUUUCAGGUCAUGGACACCAUUUGUGGUGUCACUUCUCAUGGAAUUAUUCUCACUGUAUUUGAGCAAAAAAGCAGUGAGCAUGAUUGAAGGAGAGCAACGAGACAGAGUCAUUAUGGAACGACCUGCUACUUCUGGUAUGGUUAUAGAGUCAGAAUAUAGGAGAAGACUUUCGAGCUUGUUUAAUUACUUGUACAGAGGACCAAUGUUUGAAUUGAUCAUGAACCGAGUUUUCAAACUCAUACUAUUACCAAUUCUGAAACGAGUACCAUUACUCGGAGGGUCAUUAGUUGGAUAUAUCGAGUAUUUAAUCAUGAUUCAACAGUUUUAUUUCUUCUGCAACCCUUCAGUGUAA